AAAAGUGCCAAACCUCGGCAAGAAUCAGUAGUUAAUGACACUGUCUUCAAUUUAUCCUUUCUGUUGACAAUAUGGAUGAACAAGGUCUGCUACACAUGAAGAACCAGUGCUAUAUAGGCAAUUCAGUCCCAGCUGAGUCAUUCCUGGAUCAACUCUCUUGCAUGCAUAGAGAGUGCAUCAGAAAUAUACUACAAAAGAAGCACCUCACCAUGAUGGAGCUGAUCCAAACCUGUGAUAGGAUCAGGGGCUGGGUGUUGGCCGCCACCAAAGAGGUGAUUCUGCCUGCCAUCGACAAAUAUGGGGCUGUGGUCCACUUUAAAGAGAAUACCACCUGCCCCAAAGUGGAAGACCGCUUUAUUGGGAGACUGCCCAGCACCCUGAAGAUGGCUCAGCCUCAGGCCGCACAAGAGUGUUGUCUGGUGGAGGUGAUCCCCACUGGGACAAUGGACAUGGAGCUUCUUCAAAUUGCUGGUGAAAUUGUCUCCUCUGCGGUGGGGGGAGCCCGCUCCAUGAUGCAGGAGGCUGCUUCUUUCAGGAAGCCCUCCCCCGUUCAGCGUGUCCUCCGCCUCGAGUAUGAGGCCGCUGCCGCGGUGCAGACCAGGAGAGGUGCACUGAGGCUGGAGAGUGACAUGUACGGGCGCAGCUGCAGCCCGCUGGUUGAUAGGAGCGUCCUUUUUGCAAGCUUGGAUGACGAGGCGGCCAUCACGGCUGACAGCAUAUUCACCACAGUGUCCAUGGCACCAUCUUACGAGAGCCAUUUGGAAAAUGGUGAGGGUUCAGACUUGGCCCAUUCUGUGCCACUAGCAUGCUUUGGCAAAGUCUUUGUGGCAGUCCAGCAGGGGUCACAUUACACUUUCCCCAGGGCCCUUAGCUGCCGAGUUUAUCAAAUGCUCCUCGACAGCCACUUGGGGAGAAUAUCAAUUAUACCUUGCUGCCGGACCAAACCCAUACUAGAGAAAAUAGCAACCAACCCAAACCUGCACAAGUUCUUCCUCUCCUCCGUGCUCUCCAACUUCAUGGAGAGGGCAGUGAAGAGUUCUUUGGAGCUAUUCCUGGGUUUCCCUGAAACACCGCGCCGGACUGGGGAACUUCAUGAAGUGUAUGGGUGGAUCUAUGGAGAUGGGCAGAUGUCCUCUGCCAAUAGUACUGUGGAGGACUCCUCUUCAUGGUCUGUGUCCAGCCUGCAGUGCCGUGAAUUGGAAGCCCCGGAGGCCUUCCAGAUCAGUGGAGGUGGAUGGACAUCAUUUGCCAGUAGUGCUCUGGAGAACUCCUCUUUAUGGUCUGUGUCCAGCCUGCAGUGCAAUGGACCGGAGGCCCUGGAAGCCUUAACUGCUUUGGUGGUCAGGCAGGCCAGGGAUGAACUCAAAUGCCGCGACAGUCGUCAGAAGGGCACAGCCUCUGUGUCUAAGAGGUCCAACUCUGAGUUUAACUCUGUGGUAAACAAUCCCUCUGAAGCUGGGAAAGUGGAGCUGACCACAGUCCCUCAGGUCUCCUCUCAUCAUGCGGACUCUGGGAUAUCAAGUAUGUGUGGCUAUAACUUAGGCUCCCAGGAUGCCGUGAAUGACGUGAGGAAGAAGUCCUCUUCCAUCCCUGUUUGUCCUGAAGAGCAGAAGGGGAUCCAUGUCUGUGACUCAUGCUCAAAUGUGGGGAACAUGAAGGAAGAUGAGAAGACACCCUCCUCUCCCAAAGUACGCAGAACCAAGCGCUUCAGGCUUUUCUCAUCCAAGCGCCACAAUGAAGUGACUCCAUCCUGUCUCUGCAAUUCGUUGAAGACCAAAUCCAAGACCCCAUCUUUCUUCUCCCGCAUGUCUACAGCUCUCUGCAAGGCCUUCUGCUUUAAGUAGAGAUUAAGUUCACCAGGACAUGGACAAAACCUCUGCGUGGAAUCGUACCAUCCUUUCCCUAAUACAGUGUUCCCCAAAGGGUGGGCCGUGGCCUACUGGUGGGACGUCAAGGUGUUGCAGGUUGGCCGCGAGAAACCUCUGGCCUAAUACA